UCUCAUUUUUCUCGCAUUCUUCCCCACUCUUCCUCCAUUGUUCAACAUUGUCUUUCAUUUACCGAAGUGUUUUUAAAUUUUUGUCUUGUCUGUCUCUGUUAAUUUUCAGAAAAUGGGAUCCAAAAAAACGACGAAAUUGGGAAAAGAAGAAAGAGAAGGGAAGAAACGAAAAGCUACUAGUGAAGAACGUUUUUUUGAGGUCUUUGAAAUUAUUCUUAACUACAAUGGAGACUUUGAAUGGUUUGGUUAUUUUAAUGAGGAUGUGGCUGUCAGAAAAUUUCAUAUUGAGGAUAUAGGAUUAAAUAGUCUAGAUAAGUGGUUACUUGAAUUGAAGGUUCAGGGAUUGCUAAUGUAUUAUUGGAGGCGGGCUGGCAUGUAUACUGAAGAAUUAAUUCCUAUGGAAAACGAUGACCAUGUCAUGGACAUGGCACUGGCUGGGGCACAAGAUGGUAGUGUUGAUGUGUAUGUUAGGAAGUUAAGCUGUGAUGACGUGUGCAACCUAAGGCCUGUAUUUGGACAAACAUUAUUUGAGUUGAAAGAACUUGAAGAUGGGGAUGAUGCAUUGGAGCUGCAGGCUGUUGCUGAGGCUGAACCAGUGCAGGUGCUGCAGAUUGAAGGUCCCGGUGAACCAGUGGAGGUGCUGCAGAUUGAAAGUCCUGGUGAACCAGUGGAGGUGCUGCAAAGUGAAGUUGUUGAUGAACCUGAAGUUGUUGAUGAACCCCUGGAGAAGCAGCAGUCUGGUGGUUCAGACUGAAGAUUGACACACUUGAGUUACCUUGUUUGUGCAAAGUUAUGCUUCAACAGUUGUAACCUUUUAGGUUAAUAUUUAUUUUGCAAUUAGUAUUAAUACUGAGAAUUUAUA